GCUGUCCAUGGCUCUGAAACUACAGCGGAGCGGUUUAAGCUUUUAGAGGCUUCCUCUGAAGCAGCUGAAUUGCAUUCAUGUUCAUACUGAGCCACAGAGACAACAUUAUUCUCGGAAAAGGUGAAAAUGAUGGCUCAUGUCACAGAAAACGCCAGUCGUGCCGUUGAACUGAUCCAGUGUCGUCGGGCGCUGCGCAGGGAGUUCUGACGCCUUCAUUCCCCGCACGAGCUUCAUUGAUACUUCACUAAAAUGUACGGAGAUGGACCUUCGCUUCUGACGCUGUUUGGAAACUAGUAUGAAUAGGAGUUCCGUUUCACCAACUGAAUGACCGGCUGAUUACUUUGCUCAUCAAUCUUCGGAUGCUUUUCUUCGAGCAACUUCAUCAAAGAGCUUUCAUUCAGAAGGAAGGCUUUUACUGUCAACUCGCAAAUUAAUAAAACACAUCAAAGGGGAAAUAAUUACAAUAAAUUAUGUAUUUUAUAGUUCGUUUGUUGUUAAACAGUCGGCGCGAAAAAUGAUUGCUGUCAACAGCGAGUGUAUAACUAUGACGAGAAGAUGCCUGCUGACGUUCAAACCGUUCAGGAUAUUUGUGGCGGGGAUCGGUUUCUUCAGUCUGUGCUUCUUAAUGACCUCUCUGGGGGGGCAGUUCUCGGCCAAGCGACUGGGCGAUUCCCCAUUCAGCAUCCGAACCGAAGUGUUGGGCGGUCUCGAGUCUCGUGGGGUCCUGAGAAAGAUCAGCGACAUGUUGGAAAUAAUCAUGAAGAGGAUCGACACCCUAUCUAAAAUGAGCAACAGCAGCGAGUCCCACAGACUGGAGGAGUUGAGCUCUGCUCUCCACAGAUUCCAGCCGGUAGGUCUGGUAGAGCGAAUCCAGGCCAUCGCCCAGAAUGUGUCAGACAUGGCUAUACGAAUGGAGCAGAUUCUAAAGAAGACUAAUAUCCCAGAAAGAGGCCGAGAUGGAGUUACAGGCCAGUGCGAAGUCCCAAAGGAUCCCAGGUACCCGGAUUGCGCCAGUAAAGUGGAUUGGAUGAGAGCCAGGUGGACAUCGGACCCUUGCUACGCCUUUUAUGGAGUAGAUGGCUCCGACUGCUCUUUUCUCAUCUACCUUAGUGAAGUCGAGUGGUUCUGCCCCCCACUGGCCUGGAGGAAUCAAAGCAGCCACCCUACAACCAGCAGCCUGCCAAAAAGACAGGCAUUUUUCCGCUCAGAUCUGUCUCUACUGUUGGAGCGGGUUGGCUCGGGGAAAGAAUCAUUAAGCUUCAUGAGGAGGCGCAUGCGCAGAUUGGCUGCGCAGUGGGCUACAGCUGCGCGCAGACUUGACGAACGCCUGCGUGGUCAGUACAGAGAGCAGAAGAGGAUACUGGUACAUGUGGGCUUUCUGACAGAGGAAUCCGGUGAUGUGUUUAGUCCAAAAGUGUUGAAGGGUGGCCCGCUCGGAGAGAUGGUCCAAUGGGCAGACAUCCUGACCACACUUCAUGUGCUGGGACAUAACCUCAAGAUAUCACUCUCUGUCAAAGAACUGCAAGGGUCACUUGGUGUGCCUCCAGGAAGAGGAAGCUGUCCUCUGACGGGCCCGUUACCCUUUGACCUUAUCUAUACAGACUACCACGGCCUACAGCAGAUGAAACAGCAUAUGGGCCUUUCCUUUAGACAGCACAGGUGCCACAUCCGUGUGAUCGACACAUUUGGCACAGAGCCAGCGUACAAUAAUGAGGAGUAUGCCACACUUCACGGCUACAGGACCAACUGGGGCUACUGGAACCUCAACUGCAAACAAUACAUGACCAUGUUCCCACAUACUCCUGAUAACUCUUUCAUGGGUUUUGUGACCGAGGAACUAAACCAGACUGAACGAUUCAACAUAAGGAGGGACAAAGUCAACAACAUGGCUGUGGUUUACGGCAAAGAGGCCAGUAUGUGGAAGGGCAAAGAGAAGUUGCUGACCAUCUUACACCGUUACAUGGACAUCCACGGGACAGUGUACUAUGAGACCCAGCGGCCCCCUGAGGUCCCCGCAUUUGUCAGGAACCACGGCUUAUUGCCCCAACAGGAGCUACAGCAGCUUCUAAGGAAGGCCAAGCUCUUCUUAGGAUUUGGUUUUCCCUAUGAAGGUCCUGCCCCUUUAGAGGCCAUAGCCAAUGGCUGCGUUUUCCUGCAGCCAAAGUUCAGCCCCCCUCGCAGCUCCCUCAAUCAUGAGUUCUUCAGAGGGAAGCCCACGUCCAGAGAGGUGUCAUCUCAGCAUCCAUACACUGAAGAGUACAUCGGCAAACCCCACGUCAUAACAGUAGACUUCAACAACUCUCAAGAAUUCGAGACAGUUGUUCAAGAUAUACUUAAAGAGAAGGUGGAGCCCUUUAUACCAUAUGAGUACACUUGUGAAGGCAUGCUGGAGAGAGUGAACGCUUACAUUCAACACCAGGAUUUUUGUCGCCGCAUCAGUCCAUUCCCUACAGCCAAUGAAUCCAGAUCAUGGCCUGGGAAUCCACCCAGUCCUUUCCUCCAGCUGCCCAACUCCACAGCUUUGAUCUGGGCUCCCAACAUCACUGCUCCGGCCUGCUGGCCGCCCCUCAGCGCCCUCCGGCUCUUCUUGUCUCCCGAGGACUCGUCCUGUGUGAAAACCUGCCAGGAUGCUGGUCUAAUCUGCGAGCCAGCUUACUUUCCUUUCAUCAACAAUAUUGAGGCCUUCAAUGGGCUUAACGCUCAGUGUGAGUCUUUAGAAGCGGAAAAGAAUCAUGUGUUUCCAGCAGUACACAUGGACAGGAGAGAGUGUUUCCAGCAAAAGGAGCCGCUGCUAUUCAGUUGCGCUGGAGUCAGCGCCAAACACCAGCGGCUUUGCCCGUGCAGAGACUACCUCCACGGCCAGGUGGCGCUAUGCAGGGACUGCCUUUGAGUUUUGACCAUAGACCUCUGGAGAUGUCUGUGGUAAACCGAGGCUAGUCCUGGACAGUCAAACAUGGCCCCAGAACACCGGUAUCAACAGGUUUAUGGGAAUUGUUGGACUGAGGUCGUUGACGUCAAGCUGGAAGAUCCGUCCAGAGAAGUGUCCUCACUCUUGGUUACUUUGAUCCAAAGCAAAACAUUGCCUCCAGGUGAGCUUGUGAUGGUAAGCAAGAUGGUAACCUGAUACUGUGGGGUUCACCAUCUUUGGGGUCAGUCUGAAAGAGCUCGGCUGGUGGUGGUUUCAGGGGUGGAUGACGUGAGCAGAAAAUAAAUGCAAAAUACAGUUUUGAGUGUGGAGCUCCUUUAUGAUGCAGGUCAGAGUCUAGAAGCUGUAGCUUUGGGAAUGCUGAAAGUGCCAGAACUGUACAUGAAUUUUAAAGUCAACAUGAAAGAUUAUAGUGAGCUGCAAGAUGAUGUAUUUAUGUAGGCCAAAACCCAGAAACAAGUUGCAUCUCAGCACUUCUAGUUUCUGCUGUGCUGAAGUCAAUGUUAUUAUUUUUUUUAAGGUUAUUGGUUAAAUGCCUGAAAUGAAGUAAUGCAUUUAACACAAACUCAAGAUAGUUUCAUGUUUUAUUCUACAACGUAAAAUGCAUCAUAAAGUACCCGCUUGUGAUUUCCAGUCAAGGUGAUGCAACCUUCCAGGCUGGAAUACAAAAAUACAUCAUCACUGCAGCAUUCUACUGUAUACACAACACAUUUUAAUGUGUUAUAUUUUGGAAAAUAGGAAAUCUAAGGAAAUGGCAUUUUGAUUUGGUCCGAUUUCACAGAAGCAAUGUGGUUCCAUCCAUCAGGAUCUAAUUGGAUUGUGAGAAGUGGCUGUCACAUACCAGAGUAAAGUUGCAUGAUAUUUUCAGCUAAACCCUGUCCCACAGCUGUCUUAACUGGUCAACUAAAUCACCAUCAUAUUUAAAUAAAAGUUCAGACUUAAUUUAAUUUAGUGUUCAGGAAACUUGCAGUGGUGGAAAAAAUUAUUUGAUCCCCUGUGAUUUUGUAUGUUUGCUCACUGACAAAGAAAUUAUCAGUCUAUAAUUUUAAUGGUAUGUUUAUUUGAACAGUGAGAGACAGAAUAACAACAACAACAAAUCCAGAAAAAAAUGCAUUUCAAAAAAGUUCUAAAUUGAUUUUAAUGAGUGAAAUAAAUAUUUGACUCCUUCACAAAAUAUGACUUAGUACUUGGUGGCAAAACCCUAACUGGCAAUCACAGAGGUCAGUCAUUUCUUGUAGUUGGCCACCAGGUUUGCACACAUCUCUGGAGGGAUUUUGUCCCACUCCUCUUGGCAGAUCCUCUCCAAGUCAUUAAGGUUUCGAGGCUGACAUUUGGUAACUCAAACCUUCAGCUCCCUCCACAGACUUUCCAUGGGAUUAAGGUCUAGAGACUGGCUAGGCCACUCCAGGACCCUAAUGUGCUUCUUCUUGAGCCACUUCUUUGUUGUCCUGGCCGUGUGUUUUGGGUCAUUGUCAUGCUGGAAUACCUAUCCACGACCCAUUUUCAGUGCCCGGGCUGAGGAUCUCACCCUAGAUUUGACGGUACAUGGCCCUGUCCAUCGUCCCUUUGAUGCGGUGCAGUUAUCCUGUUCCCUUAGCAGAAAAAUACCCCCAAAGCAUAGUAUUUCCACCUCCAUCUUUGACAGUGGGUAUGAUGUUCUUGAGGUCAUAGGCAGCAUUCCUCCUCCUCCUCCAAACACGGCGAGUUGAUUUGAUACCAACAAGCUCAAUUUUGGUCUCAUCUGACCACAACACUUUCACCUAGUUCUCCUCUGGAUGUUCAGAUGUUCACUGGCAAACUUCAGAUGGGCCUGUACAUGUGCUUUCUUUAGCAGGGGGACCUUACGUGUGCUGCAGGAUUUCAGUCCUUCACGGCGUAGCGUGUUACCAGUUGUUUUCUUGUUGACUAUGGUCCCAGCUGCCUUGAGAUCAUCAACAAGAUCCUUGCGUGUAGUUCUGAGUUGAUUCCUCGCUGUUCUCAUGAUCAUUAAAACUCCACAAGGUGAGAUCUUGCAUGAAGACCGAGGGAAACUGAGAGUUAUUUUUUUGUUUUUUCCAUUUGCGAGUAACCACACAAUCUGUUGUCACCUUCUCACCAAGCUGCUUGGCGAUGGUCUUGUAGCCUAUUCCAGUGUUGUGUAGGUCUACAAUCUUGUCCCUGACAUCCUUGGACAGCUCUUUUGUCUUGGCCAUGGUGGAGAGAUUGGAUUCUGAUUGAUUGAUUACUUCUGUGGACAGGUGUCUUUUAUACAGGUAACAAAAAGAGAUUAGGAGCACUCCGUUUAAGAGAGUGCUCCUAAUCUCAGUUUGGUACAUGUAUAAAAGACACCUGGGAGCCAGAAAUCUUGCAGAUUGAUGGGGGAUCAAAUACUUAUUUCACUUAUUUCCUAACUACCUUUCUUGGCCUUGAACAUGUCAGUUGUGUUGCUGUCUAUGUAGGGCCAGAAAGCUCUUGGAUUUCAUCAAAAAUAUCUUAAUUUGUGUUCCAAAGGUCUUAAAGGUUUGGAACGACAUGAGGGUGAGUAAUUAAUGACAGUAUUUUCAUUUUAGGGUGAACGAUCCCUUUAAGGUUAGGGUUUGGAUUAAGUUUAGGGGUUGGUAUUUGUUUUUAGAGAUUUGUAGGCUGUGAUUGACACAGCUGGUGAAAUCUUUAGAAACAGCUGCACGGAUUUAGAGCCAGAUAGAGUCAGAGCUGAGUUUGCAAUGGUUUGUAAAGAAAUAAUCUUCUCCUGAAAUACCUAUUUCAUCUACUUUUGAGGAAGCUUUUUUGGCCACAGUUCACCAAGUUGACCUGCAUUACCAAGAACAGUACCCUGAAACAGCCUGACUAAUCUAUUUGCCUGCUGGUUUACAUAAACGCUUUCAGAUACAAAGGUCUAGUUUUGCAUUAGAGUUUCAAGAAGGAACUUUUUUUGUGAAAACUGAUGUUGUUUAGGAGAAGAAACAGCAACUAGCACAUAGGAAAUAAUGUAUUAGCUGUAGUUUCUAUGCAAAUUUGGGUCCACAUGGUUGCUGCUACCACCUCAAUCUGGGCAUUUCUUACACAUUUCUGUACACAUUUUACACUUUUUAAAGGUAAUAAUUAUAAAAUAUAUUAGUUGUUUAAGUUGAGAUAUGGUGUUUUUGUUUUCACUGUAACCACUAUGCAUAAAUGCAAAAUAGUCAAAAUACACUUGGAUGGCAGUAGAAUUAAAGGAGAAGUCCACUUCCAGAACAAAAAUUUACAGAUAAUAUACUCACCCCCUUGCCAUCCAAGAUCUUCAUGUCUUUUUUUCUUCAGCUGUAAAGAAAUUAUGUUUUUUUGAGUUAAACAUUUCAGGGUUUUUCCCCAUAUAAUGGACUAGUAUGGUGCCCCGAUUUUGAACUUCCAAUAUGCAGUUUAAAUGCAGCUUCAAAUGAUCCCAAAUGUGGUUGUAAACGAUCCCAGCCAAGAAAGAAGGGUCUUAUCUUUCAAAAUGAUUGGUUAUUUUCAUUAAAAAUAUACAAUUUAAUAUACAGUCCAUUAUAUGAAGAAAUGAAAUUUCUUUAUGGCUGAAAAAAGAAAGACAUGAACAUCUUGGAUGACAAGGGGUGAGUACAUUAUCUGUCGAUUUUGUUCUGGAAGUGGACUUCUCCUUUAAGAUCCAGUUUAACUCUUUAUUUUAAGGUGACAUUGUUACUUCAGUAAUACCUAUUAACAACAUGUACUUACCAUAAGGUGGGGUUAGGGUUUGGUUUAGGGUUAGUUGCUUGUAAUUAUGCAUAAUUUACUGUUUAUAUACACAGUAGUAAGUGCAUGUAGCAUAUGUAACUGUCACUUUAAAAUGAAGUGUUACCAGAUCCAGAAUGCUUUGAAUUCACAGCUAAAGAAAUGAAUAAAAAUAAGUGUGAAAAUGAAUGUGUCGCAGAAGCUUGCUAAUAGACAAUUGACCCCGAACCUAUAAAAUCUGACCCACUUUGGAUUUAUUUUGAUAGUUUGUAAUAGGUUCAUAACAGAAAAAGUGAAUGCUCAAGAAUAGUUGUAUCAAAUUAAAAGUCAUUUCAGAGGCAGAGUGCGUUAUUACAUUUUGAUGAAAUAUUACAGAGAAUGUUUUAUUGAGAAUAACAUGUACUAUAAGACCAGCUGUGCAUAUUAU